AAAGUCCAAAGGGCUGCUGUGCAAAAAGACAACGAUCAACAAAGGACAUGUCAAUCCUACUCAUCCUUAAUCACUCAUGUCCUUGUCCAAGAACCUCAUCUUUUUCAUUCUAUCACUACCUUGCAUCGUUUCCGCAACACAGGCCCAAUAUGGAUGCAUGACCCAUUACACGCCGUGGAUCGGACAGGGAGCGUGCGGAUUCGAUGCAGCUGGCCUGCAAUACCCCAUAGAACCACCUAAAGAAGAAUCACAGCGAUAUAUUGUUGCAGUCAAUCAUGAGCAGUACAUGGGGAGCGAAUUGUGUGGGGCUUGCGUCGAGAUCACAGGGCCGACAGGCGCAACCGUCACAGCUCGCAUGACAGAUAAAUGCCCAGGCUGCUCAAGAGGAGAUUUAGAUGUAUCCCCCGAUACAUUUGCUCAGAUCGCGGAUCCAAAUGUUGGAAAAGUCCAAAUAUCGUGGCAAAUCGUGCCGUGUCCUGCAACCUCCUUGAACGACAUGCGGUACCUCGUGACUGAAGGAAGCACGGUGGAUUGGUUGGAGAUUAGAGUCGAGAAACCCAUCUUGCCCGUCGUAGGAUUGUCAGUGCGGACUGUGGACUCGUUCAAGGCCCUCCAGCGAAAUGCAGCCAACGGAUGGGUUGGAGUGGGACUGAACAUUGAUGGAGAACUGAUGGAUGUCAAGGUGGAUUUUGUAGAUGGCUCGAGUGUCAUACAGACUGGAAUUUCCAUUUCAGCAUCCUCACAAGGGAACCUUGUCGCUCCAAAAAGUGCUGGCACACGACAGGGCGGGAGCGGGUACGUCCCAGAUAGUGUCAUGCGAGUGACAUCGACAGAUCCAAAGGCUCGCAACUGCUCAGCUUCUGCCGGCGACGGGUGGAGUCCACCUGUAACCCAACAACAAAAUGUCGGCUUCAUACUUCGUGGACGCUUCUUGCCAUUCCUAUUGUCCAUAGGUGCGCUCUCGGUGGUCCUUGUGGACGCUCAAUGAUUCAUCCAACCACCGUCAACGGUCAACCUCCACAUGAAAAAGCAUAUAAGAUACCUAGCACCAUUUAUUUAGGUGCAAACUUCUAUGUACAUACACACUGUGAUUUUAAUCUAGAUCUACAAUAUCUAACACUAGUUAGUAAGAAUAUUCAUUCAUUUACACGA